AUGGACAACAUUCAGAAAGAGCACGAGAAAGUGUGGAAUAACAGCAAGCUGACUAGGACGACCGGCCAUGUUGACGACAUCAUAAAAGCCCUUCAGAGGGCGCGGGACGCCAUCGCUGAAGAUCCCAACUCGAGACAGAUUACCCUGGCAAAACUGCAGAAUCCAGUCAAGACAUCAUUCGAUGGCAUCUUCUCAGGGUUGAAGGACACACAUGGACUGCACAAUAAAUAUACAAGAGCGCUAGACAAGGUCUUCAAGGAUAAAGUCCCAAGCAGCGAGAUCGAUGCGCUCUCCUCCCACCCCACGUUAAUCAACCGAGCAAUCUACUUGCAUUUGCUUCGUGAAGGGCUGUUCGAUGUAGCGUCGACGCUUCAUUCCGAGGCGCUGGAAAGGCAGAAGGGCCAACAGGAGAUAGCAGCUCAUUUGGGCUUGGAUGUGUCCAUGGAUCAUCCCCUGGGACUGGACAAGGACGCGGAAGAGAGCAUGCAGGAACAGUUUUCGAACAUGUACCACAUUCUGAGUAAACUCAAGGACAACCACAACUUACAACCUGCCAUCGACUGGGCUAGAAGCAACGCGGCAGCGCUGGAAGCCCGUGGGAGUAAUCUAGAGUUUGAACUCUGCAGAUUACAGUUUGUCAACCUGUUCCUUGACCGCCGAGAUGGAGAUCAAUACGAUUUCGAUGCACCGAUACGUGCUCUACAAUACGCACAAAGGGAAUUCCAGUCUUUCCGAGGACGUUAUCUAGUCGAGAUACAACAACUGAUGGGUGCUAUACCGUUUUGCUCCAACUUGGAGGAAUCACCCUACUGCCUCAGGUUCAACAAUUCCACCACUUGGGACGAAGUCGCAACCUCUUUUACACGAGAGUUCUGCUCACUCCUCGAGCUAUCGGCAGAUUCACCGUUGUACAUAGCAGCUACUGCGGGAGCGAUCGCCCUACCUAUACUUCUCAAAUUGCAGACGAUUCAGAAACAAAAGCGGACAGAAUGGACAUCGCAAAACGAACUCCCUGUGGAAACGCCACUACCUCCUUCCUAUCAAUUUCAUUCUAUUUUCGUGUGUCCUGUAUCGAAGGAACAGACGACCGAUCAAAAUCCUCCGAUGAUGCUUCCUUGCUGCCACGUCAUUGCGCAAGAAUCAUUGCAGAAGCUCAGCAAGGGUGCCAAAUUCAAAUGCCCCUACUGUCCGGUAGAGAGCCAUCAAAAAGAGGCAAAGAUAGUCAUCUUGUGA